GCACCCCAAUAACCACUCCCCAGUUCCCACCCCUGAGCUGCCAUCGAGUAGCCAGCCCCCUCAUCUAGCACCCACCGAGCAACCAGCCCCCAGCACCUUCAUCUAACACCCACCCAGCAACCAAUCCCUAGCACCCAUCCGCGAGUUGUCACAUGACUCUCAGCUGCCACCCAGUAACCAGCUGAUAGCAGCCAUCCUCCAGGCACACUUCCUACAUGAGAUCAGCCUGGCCAUGUCUUCAGUGAGACGCCCAUCCUCCCCCGCAAGCCAUCCAGACCCACCCACUGAGCUGUUACCCAACACUUACCCACCCAUCUGGCACCCACUGCUGGGGCAUGUUGACUGCACAAGAGCUGCCUGGCAACAAUCUAUAGUGAGACACCCUCCCAGGACCUAACCAUCCUCUGUGCCACCCAGCAAGUAACCCCAUCUCCUAUCCACUGAGUCAGACCCGUCCCUGCGCACACUGCCUGCAUGAGACCAGCCAGGACAUGAACCCCUCCAUGCACCCCUCAUCUAGCACCUACCCUGUAAUCCCAUCACAACACUUGCUGCAUGGGACUGACCUGGCCAUUAUCUACAGUGAUGUACUUUCUGUGUGAGACGGGACCAUGAUCUAUGGUGUUCUGAUGGGCGUCAUCCUUCGAUAUGGAAUUCACGUUCCCAGCGAUGUUAAUAAUGUGACCUUAAGUUGCCAAGUGCAAACCAGUCCAGCUACUUUGUUAGUAAAUGUUAGUGGGAAAUAUUAUGAGUAUACCCUGAAGGGGGAAAUCAGCCCUCAUGAACUUAAUAACGUUCAAGAUAACGAAAUGCUGAGAAAGGUGACUUUUGAUCCUGAAGUGUUUUUCAAUAUCUUACUCCCUCCAAUUAUAUUUUAUGCAGGAUACAGCUUAAAAAGGAGGCAUUUCUUCAGAAACUUGGGGUCCAUCCUAGCGUAUGCUUUUCUUGGAACGGCUAUCUCCUGUUUUGUGAUAGGGUCGAUCAUGUACGGCUGCGUAGCACUGAUGAAAGUAAUGGGGCAACUUGGAGGAGAUUUUUACUUUACAGACUGUCUGUUGUUUGGUGCCAUAGUAUCAGCUACUGACCCAGUGACUGUUCUUGCCAUAUUCCAUGAGCUUCAGGUUGAUGUUGAGCUGUAUGCCCUUCUCUUUGGUGAAAGCGUCCUCAAUGAUGCCGUUGCCAUAGUGCUGUCUUCUUCAAUCGUAGCAUACCAGCCGGCGGGCGACAACAGCCACACGUUUGAUGUCACAGCAAUGUUUAAGUCCAUUGGCAUCUUCCUUGGGAUAUUCAGUGGCUCUUUUGCAAUGGGAGCUGCUACUGGAGUAGUCACUGCUUUAGUCACCAAGUUCACCAAACUCCGUGAGUUCCCCUUGCUGGAAACUGGUUUGUUUUUCUUGAUGUCUUGGAGCACAUUCUUGCUGGCUGAAGCAUGUGGUUUUACAGGUGUGGUAGCAGUAUUGUUCUGUGGAAUCACCCAGGCCCAUUAUACCUAUAACAACUUGUCUACAGAGUCACAGCAUAGAACUAAACAGCUGUUUGAGCUUCUGAAUUUCUUGGCAGAAAAUUUCAUCUUCUCCUACAUGGGACUCACAUUGUUCACCUUCCAGAAUCACGACUUCAACCCUACUUUUAUAGUGGGAGCCUUUCUUGCCAUCUUCCUGGGAAGAGCUGCUAAUAUUUAUCCCCUGUCCUUUUUACUUAAUUUGGGGAGAAGAAACAAGAUUGGAACAAAUCUCCAGCACAUGAUGAUGUUUGCCGGAUUGCGAGGUGCCAUGGCUUUUGCCUUGGCCAUUCGAGACACUGCCACCUAUGCUAGACAGAUGAUGUUCAGCACAACACUCCUCAUUGUGUUUUUCACCGUCUGGGUUUUUGGCGGUGGCACUACAGCCAUGUUAUCUUGCUUGCAUAUCAGGGUGGGUGUGGAUUCGGAUCAAGAACACUUGGGUGUCCCGGAAAGUGAAAGGAGGAGUACGAAAGCGGAAAGUGCCUGGCUGUUCAGGCUGUGGUACAACUUUGAUCACAACUAUCUGAAGCCUCUGUUGACGCACAGUGGCCCUCCUCUCACAACGACACUGCCUAGUUGCUGCGGACCUGUUGCCAGAUGCCUGACGAGUCCCCAGGCUUAUGAAAAUCAAGAGCAGCUGAAGGAUGAUGAUUCCGACCUUAUUUUGAAUGAUGGAGACAUCAGCUUGACAUAUGGGGAUUCUACUGUGAACGCAGAUUCUAUCACUUCCAGUGGCACGUCGAGGAGGAUUGUGGGAAACAGUUCUGAAGAUGCAUUGGAUCGGGAGCUGGCAUUUGGGGACCAUGAACUUGUAAUACGGGGGACACGCCUGGUCCUUCCCAUGGAUGAUUCUGAGCCUCCGUCGAGUUUGGUAGAUAGUGCAAGACAUGGCCCAGCGUAAGAUUUACGUUGCUCGGUUUAAUUGACAAUAAUAUCUGCAUAUGUGAUCACGAAGAAAUAUGUACUACCUAAAAUCUAAUGCAUGUCUCAGAAUGUCUAAGCUGUAUAAAUAUUAUUUAUAUGGUGUCAGAAGAAUAUAAAUAUUCUCUACAAGAUGGCUUGUGAAGAGCAAGCUGCAGUUUCUUAAGUUGAAAACCAUGCUGACUGCACUGUGUAGAAAGAAACUAGUUUUUAGCAUAAUAAUCCUUUGCACAUGGUGGACUUCUUUUCAAGUGGUGUGAUGUAUGGCCUUAGGUCCCAGCUAAGUAGGGAAAGUGGCUGAUUUCUCAGUUGUUAGCACUCAGAAUUCAGCUUGACAGAGACCGGAAUGACAAAUGAAAUGUUGCCUUGCUUUGCCCUACCUAGAGUGGUUAGGUAGAUGUCAGCUAAAGAUGUAAAUUGCUUAUUAGUCACAUGACGACUGUUUUGGUCUCUCAUAUCUCUGAUUGUCAGAUACUCACAUUAUAAUAUUGGCAAAAUCUCUGCUCAGAGAUUGGUCUGAUGGUCUAGUAGCCAGUCGUACUCUGCACUGCUGUAUUUGAGUCUGAGCCGGGGUCCCCAUUUAUCCAGGCCAGGAGGAGCUGUAAGGCAGCAUUGACUCAGAAUGGUUUGCUCCUGAGAAGGAAAGGGAGCGUUUUGCUCUGAAGUGACUCAAGCCACUGUUUAGAUAAUGGGGCAUCAGCAGAAGCCAUUCCCAGCCUUCCUCUGGUCCAGGGUGGGUCACCAUGAUGUAUGACUUUUCAGAUUGGGGCCCAGAGGGUCGCAGUUUGGGUUUUGCAGUAGUAUUCGAGGGAAAGAAUUGAUCACACACGAGCUGCAUCAGGCUUAUUGCACAGGCUUUGUAGUUGGUGAGUCUGCAUUUCAGCUGUGUCUUAAACAGCUUUUCUAAAGACAACAAACACAUUUUUAACAGGUGAUUGAGUUCUGAAUUUUGGGAAGGGGCCAUGUCUCAUGCGAUUGAAGCUCUUUUACUAAUUAGUCAUUGAGGAAACUAAAGAAACGUACAAGUCUACUGCUGUUCCAUGCUAUACCACGGAGUCGCACCUAUCCAAACUGGAAGUGUGAAGGUUGUAGAUUGAAACUAUACAUGCAGAUUUCUUAAGAGGUAUUUAGAAAAUGAGGUGGUACUGAAAGGGAGUCGUCCGUCCUCCUGUCUAGUUGAAAUUGUUGCACUUUGUUUGAUACACUGCAUGCUAAGGAGUUACUAUAAUCUCCUCCCUGAUUCAUUUUCAUGUCUCUUACUGUUUAUAAUAAAUGUUUGUGAGCUUCCAUGUUUUUACAUUUUUCCAAGGAAGAGCACAGAACAAUUUGCUAUUUCACAUUAGAGUACUAGGAUUUAUUCUUCAAUGAUGGGAAUGGCUAAAGGUGCAGUGAAAAUUUAAGAAGCUGAGAACUCUUAUUUCUUGCUUUCCCCAAGAAAAAAAUUCCAACCUAGAACUUAACCGCGUGUAAUUUUAAUUUAUUUUUAGCCACGCAAUCAACCAGUCCUUUCACAGUCACAAAUACACACACUAGGCUGAUUUCAGAGUUAGCACUGACUCACUCUGUUAAAACAAGAGCGCGCUUCCUCAGGGUAGCACGGCACCGGCUCCUAAGAGAUGUCUGAGCACUCACAACUCCUAGUGACGUUGCUUUGACUGAGUGUAUAUUUGUAGUUCAGAAAAUAAAAUUACCUUCUUUUGUUUUCUCAGGUCUAAAUAACAUUGCCUUAAAAUUACUGAAGUGGAACUAAUAUUUUGCUGUUAAAAUAUCCCCAAGAAAUUUUGUUUUCCUUUUCAAGCAAAAUGUGCAGGUUUUUUCUAUAGGACUCCUCUAGAACUGUGUACAUUCUGCAUUUACAUUUUAGGAAAUAAGAAUCUUCAUUGCACCCAGUAAAUGGCAGUUUUAGCUGUUAACAUACCCAUUUGUUGUUUAGUGCUAGCCGGUUUGUUCCCUGCUAUGCAGGGGUUCCAUGCAGUGUGAAUUUUAUAUUAUGUCUGUAUCUUAACUUCAUGUGUUCGAAAAAGAAAGAAAAAAGUUAACGUGUUGAUUCUUGGCUGCUGCACCAUUAUACAUCAAAUAUUUUUUUAUUUUGCCUUUUUUAAAAGAGGUAGGUUAAAUAACUACCUCCUGUUUUUUCCUCUGUAUGCUGGGUGACUGUGAAUUCAAUUUACAACGAUCCAUGCUGAUACCACAGAAUGUGGAAAACGCAGCUAUUGUUGUUCAGAUAUGCCGCUGAUAAGAGUGCAUCAUCUGAUUUCUUCAGUUACUAGAUAUUCAAAGCAAUUUGAGAUUGCUUCCCAAUCUCUCCCCGGGAGAAUUCACUGCUGUCAGAGAACUGUAGACCCCCAGCUUUUCCCACUUAAUAGUUUCAGUGGAGAAAUGCCCAAUCACUCCGAUCCCAGUCAGAAUUCCUAUAAGAGUACGUCUAGACUGUGGCUUCGAGGUGCUUCCCAAGGCAGGUAGACAAAUGCACUACCUCUGCUCAAGCUAACACGCUAAAAUAGCAGUGUGGCAGUGAUGGCUCCAGCUAGCUAUCCUCGUCCAAUUCUGUCUGACCCCUUCAUCCCUACCAGUUUGUGCUGCUGCGGCCACGCUGCUAUUUUUGAUGAGCUAGCAUAUGUCUAUAUACCUGCACUGGGAAGCACCCUCCCAGAUGCUGCAUAGACAUUCCUAAGAGACAAUUCCUGAAAAUUGUUUGCAGUGUCGUUGCAGCUAUGUUGGUCCCAGCUUAUAUGAGAGAGACACAAACACACCGUGGGUUAGGUAAUAUCUUUGAUUGGACCAACUUCUCUUGGUGAAAGAGACAAGCUUUUGAGGUUACACAGGUCUCAAGAAGAGCUCUGCGUAAGCUCAAAAGCUUUUUUUUUUUUCACUAACGGAAGCUGGUCCAAUCAAAGAUAUCACCUCACCCACUUUGCACUGGGUGUGCUGAAGUGUCCCUAGCAGCCAGGGCCUCCUCCGGUAUUUAUCGGAAGCAGUGGCAAAAGCCUCACUGGUUCUGUCUAGCCUAGGACGAAAGGUGUGGUGUUAGAAUGUGUUUGCAUGCAGCCUUUAUGUUUGGAACUGGUCAAGUUCAAAACUAGGCAAUGCUCAACUUUUAAAACACGUUAGUAAGAAGGCGUUAGCUAAUAUGCUACUGUCACACCAUAAAUCCUACCCUAGACAAGGCCUUUGGUUUGGAGGUAGGGCCUGCAUGCAUUGCCUCAUAGCCUAAAAUCCUGUGAGAAAUCAAGACUCACCUGGCAAUGCCAGGUAUCAUCACAGGGCUGGAAUUAACUCCUAUUAAUUGUUGUUAAUGUGUUUCUCUCUCCAGCUUUAAUACAUUAGCUGCAGUAUUUGAAUUGCCAACACAUUACUAAAGUCCUAGGCUUUUGAUGUCAAUUAACAUUUUAAUUGAUUAUUGAAGUACUUUAGAGAAAUAUUCUAGUGUGUAUAUUUUUGUGGAGUCAGGAAUUAUAUUGUGUGUUAAACAUAAUAUAAGGACUGCUUUAAAAAUAAAUACAGAAUGAGUGAAUCAAUCAAAGCUGAGAUUCAGGAGUGACUGUAGAAACAGCUCAAACUAACAGUAAACUAUUUCCUUUAUCCUAUUGUAGUGGAGAAUACAGAGGGCUUGAUCUUCAGUGGUGUUGAGAACCUACAAAUUUCCACUUACUUCAAAGGGAGUGGUGAAUGCUUAGCACCCCUGGCACUCAGGUCUGUAGAUCUUUUGCCAGAUAUGUAAAACAGCCCCAGAUACACAAUUUUGCAGUGCUUUUAUAAAGAUUUAGAGAAGUCACCCUUUGGGAAUCCUCUCAUCUGUAAAUUGAAUUGACUUGGGUUUUGCACAUGAAAAAGCACUGUUGAUCAAGUUUUGAUUUCUUCUAGUAUUGUUGAAUUGUCCAGUAAUGGCAUUAACUUCAGUAGUUGUGGUGUUUGUGCAGUUGGCUUGUGAUAGUUGAUGAUCAUUAUUGCACUUUCUGUUUAUCUUUUACUGUUGCGUUGUACUGUGAAAGAAGGAUCCUAGGCCUAUAAAAAGUUGUUUUUUUUUCUUGAA